AUGGUGGUCGCUCAAGGACUAGGAGAUGGGAGUUACGACAUGUUCUUAGUGAUUAGGUUGACAGAGGAUAGCUUGAACUGGGAAUGGAAAUCAACUCCAAGAACGGUGGAUCAGAUCAGUGAGAUUAACAUGCUCACUAACAUAGUCGGUGAUUAUCAGCUUAUGGAUGGAAGAGAUAAGUGGAGGUGCACUUUAUCUAGUGAUGGUGCUUUUCAUGUCGAUGCUCUCAGAUUCAAAAUUGAUUGCUGGAACAUACCAUUGAUGGAGACCCACUUAAAAUGGAUUCAUGAGAUUCCAUUAAAGGUGACAUGCUUUAUAUGGAGGGCCAAUUUAGACAGAAUACUAACCGCAUGUGCUCUACUCAAACGAGGCAUUCAACUGGAUUCCCCCAUAUGCACAUAUUGCGGGACUGCAGAAGAGGAUGCAUCUCAUGUGCUCCUUCGAUGCCCAAUGGCUAUGCAGGUUUGGGAUUGGGUGUUCCGUUGGUGUGACAUCCCUAAUGUUCAAUUCGCAUCAGUGGAGGAAUUAUUGAAGUUUUCAUCGCAGUGGGGGACAUGUACAAAGAGGAGAAAAAGCUUCGUCAGUAUCUGUUAUGGAACGGCAUGGCUCCUUUGGAAGGCAAUGUGUGAUUGGGUAUUCAAAAAAUCUAGAAUCUCUCCUGUUAAGGUGGCUGACUUGGUGAAAUCCACAGUGUUUCUGUGGAUCGAAUAUAGGAGAGAACAUUGUAAUUUUCAAUGGAUUGAUUGGUAUAUCAAUCCUUUUUUGUGUCUGUAA